AUGCUUUUGGAGUACAAACCCUCCUGGGAGGUGGAGAGCACCCCGGUAGCCGCAGCCAACUCCGACUCCCUGAACUUUGUCUCCUCGACUCCCUUUCAGAACAUGGUCUCACUGACGUGGGAAAAUGGUGUGAACUUCUCCGUCUGGCACUUACUCCUUGUUCUCAUCUGUCCCUUUCUGCUCUUUUCUGAGAAAUUCCAGGUGACCACACCCUUGUAUGUGAAACUGGAUGAAAUGCGGGCAUCUGUUCCGGAGCAGUUACUGGCGAAAGACCAGCAGCCCAUGGCGCCAAAGCCAAUUAACCUGGACUCAUUCUUUACCAAAUUUAAGAUAUUUUACCAGUCACCCCGAACCAAAUUUGCGUUUAAUUUCGUAAGUUUCUUUUUUAUUUACCUUAAUUGCAUGAAAAUACCCUUUGCCUACUUCAGAAGGCAAAUUGCCAACCGUAUGACAAUUUUCGGCAACAGUAGUUUAUGUAGUGCACCUCAUUAA